GCACAGCAACUCACCGCUCCAGAUCUCCUGUUGCUACCCAACGACCAAGAGAGACAGCAGCGUGUCAAGCAUCACCCAGACGAGAGCUGGGAAGAGAACUCUCAAGAGCAAAAGAGAACUGACUAUGUCGAGAGAAAUACUUCUGAGAAGCAUGCAGAAAUGCUAACACUGAAGGAAAGAAUUGAAACCUUGGAGAGUCAGCUAGCUGCUCUUGAAGAACAGUGCAGAAUAGAAGAAACCAAAAAGGAUGAAUUCCAUGGGCAGAUAACAAACUUGCGUCUCAAGCUUUCUGCUUCUGAAGAAAGAGCUUCUGGCUUAAAUGAAGAACUUGAGCAGUGUCGAGCUGACUAUCAGGAGAUUGUUUCCGAAUUGGACAAACAGAAAACUAUAAAUAGGGAACAAGAACAAAAGAUUAUUCAGCUAAAUAAUGAAGUAGAAGGUGCUAAACAAAAUAUAAUUGAUAAAGUGUCAAAAAUGAAAGCCAUGCAGUCCAAAGUAGAUGAGUCGUAUAAAUGUCACUUAGCUUCUUAUGCUAUGGAUGUUGAUUUGGUUAAUCUAAAGGAUUCCUUAGACUCUCAGAAAGGUGAACCAGAGAGAGCUCAAAUGAGUCUUUCAGAGAUGCAGUCCCAAACUGCUUCUACAGCAGAUCUGAGAUGGGAGAGCUCAUUUCACUGCAGUAUUGAAAGUAUUUGGGAAGAAUGCAAAAAUAUUAUUAAGGCUUCUUCUCAAAAAAGUCAGCGGAUACAAGAGCUACUUCAACAAGUUGAAGACUUAAAGGGGGAACUGGAUGGCGCUGAGAAUUAUAAUAGUCAACUAAAAAUAAAAUUACAUGAGAUCUCAAAUCAAGAUCAUCAGUCCAUAAAGGAAAAAGAUCUUAUGAAUCAGUUACAAGAACAAAUCCAGAAGAAGACCGAGGAUUUUGAAAAACAGGCUGCAGAAGAUCACAGAGUAAUUGCACAGUUUGAGGAGGAAGUUACCAGCCACAAAGCAAAAAUAAGAGAGCUUGAAUGCCUCUUGGAGUCUUUUAGAGCUAAAGAUGACAGAAUAACAAAGUUAGAAGUAGUACUUAAAGAAAAAGAAUCUAUUAUCUUAAAUCUAGAAAGUAAUACAGCAGCUCUGCAAGAGAGAUGUGCUAAUUCAGACAAAAAAUUGAAAGAACUGAAUGAUCAAGAAGCAAAUCUGAAGGAGGAAAUUCUUCGGCUGAUGAACAGCUUGGAGA